GCUUUGCUUAGUUGGCUAGAAAUUGUCGCAUGGAGCACAUCUAUAAAUGGCUUAACGAAAAAUAAUAACAUUAUAUAGAAUAUGUAUAUCAAUCAAAACAGAAAAACAAAUAAACAAAUAAAUUAAUAAUAAUAACUACAACACGAAAUUAACGCAACAUUUGAACGGAAAUUUGUAAUUUAUACGCAAGACGUCCGUUAUUAAAUGUAAUUGGUAUUAAGUGCAUAUAUUGACGACAACGGGAGAUUAUAUUAGAGUGAAAUAUUUUUUUACAAUAAAAGUAUUUACACACACACACAAAUGUAUUAAGGAAGACUAAAUAAAAAGAAUACACAAAGCAACUUCAAAGCGUAUAUUUUCGUGCCAAUUUCCAGUAUUUUAUACAGCCAACUCAAAAAGCAAAACCAAAAUAAAAUUCAAAACAAACAAAAUGACGGUGAAAAAAAUUUGGCCAGCAAGUGCUGCCAUGAAUGUGGACUCAACAGCGGCGCUCGCCGAUAAUGAAGCGUCCGGCAAGGCUGGUGGUUGCUUAGGCUUGGGCGUUCGCCAUUUUCAAGCGUUUCUCAUCUUCGCUGGUCUCUCUGUUGCCUAUUCAUUACGCGUCAAUUUGUCUGUUGCCAUUGUUGCCAUGACUGAUAAAGAUACAAAUCCAGACUUCGAUGCAUACGAUUGGAACGAACAAACCAAAUCUCUCUUACUCAGCAGUUUCUUUUGGGGCUACGUUGUUACUCAGGUACCCGGUGGUGCGUUGGCACGUAAAUUUGGCGGUAAAACAACACUACUAUGCGGUAUUCUCUUCUGUUCCAUAUUCGCCAUAUUGACACCCAUUUUCGCGCAAAUCGGCGAUUGGAAAUUAGUCUGUGCCCUACGUGUCGCACAGGGUCUUAGCCAGGGCAUGGUUUUUCCCUCGACGCAUACGCUACUCUCACAAUGGGCACCAAUCGAGGAUCGUGGUAACUUUGGCACUUAUUGUUAUUCGGGCUCUCAAUUCGGUACAGUUGUUAUGAUGGCUUCGAGUGGUGUGAUCGCCUCGUCGGCUUUGGGUUGGCCCAGCAUUUUCUAUUUAUCUGGUGGUGUCGGUGUAGUGUGGGCCAUUGUUUGGUUCUUCUGGGGUGCCAGUACACCAGCGCAAUGUAAGAUGAUUUCACCAGAGGAGAAGAAAUUUAUUGAACAAUCGAUUGGCGUGGGUCAUAGCGAUGAGCAACAUGCACCAGUACGCACACCAUGGGUGAAAUUCUUCACCACACCUGCUUUCUUGGUAUUGAUUUUGACACACAGCACACAUAAUUGGGGCUUCUGGACUUUGCUCACUGAGAUACCCACUUACAUGAAGAAUGUCUUCCACAUGGAUAUCAAGAGUAAUGCGGUGCUAUCGGCGCUGCCAUAUCUCGCUAUGUUCUUGAUGUGCUUUGUAUUCUCAAGUAUCUCUUCGGUGUUGAAUAGGAAUCAGUGCAUACCGCUGCCGGUGAGCAGGAAACUCUUCAAUUCAAUCGGUCAUUGGGUACCUAUGGUAACACUCAUCGCACUGGGCUAUGUUAGCUCGGAUGACAGUACUUUGGCCAUUGUUUUACUCACCGUGACUGUUGGCAUCAAUGCCUCAACCUAUUUGGGCUUCCAGGUGAAUCACAUCGAUUUAUCGCCUAACUUUGCCGGCGUACUCAUGGGCAUCACGAAUUGCGCGGCGAAUAUAAUGAGUAUUAUAGCGCCGCUGAUUGUUGGCUUCAUCGUUACCGACGAGCAUGAUCCUGAUCAAUGGCGCAUCAUCUUCUUCAUUGCCAGUGGUUUCUAUCUUAUCGGCAAUUUGCUUUUCGUCAUCUUUGGAAGCACCGAAGUGCAGCCAUGGAACGACCCACAACCGCUGCCGUCGAAGGAGAAACGUAAUUCUACUCAACUUGAGUCACAGCACUAGACACGAGGACGCUUUGCACAUACUAUGCAUAUACAUAUAUGUAUGUAUGUUUCGUAUUUAUGUGUAUGUGUAGUUUUGAAUCGUUUUUGUUUUAAUUUUUAAUUUAACUUUUUUCUGUAUAUUGUUAGUAUCGCAGUGAUACAUUGUUAUUGCUUGUCUGCAUUUGUCUGUAUAUAAUUUAAGUUGUUAUUGUAUCGACUUUAUAGCAAAUAUUUGUAAACAGUAGAAUAUACAAUGAAAAGAUAUCCAAAUUA